GCAUUAUUCAUUGAUGCAAUAAUUGAUUUCUUAAUUUCCUUUGAAGCAUUUUGAUCAAGAACUUGGAGAGAGAGAGAGAGAGAGAGAAUGGUUGAAGCAUUAGUGGUUUUGCUAUUGAGCUUAGUGUCGGUGUGUUUUAUCAGAAAAUGGCUAGUGGGCAGCAAAAAACUGCCACCGUCGCCGCGAAAGCUACCGAUAUGGGGAAACCUUCACCAAAUAGGAGAUUUGGCCCACCGGUCACUCCAGUCACUGGGCGCCAAACACGGCCCAAUAAUGCUACUCCACUUUGGCAGCACGCCGGUGAUCAUCGUCCAAUCGGCCGACACGGCGAAAGAGAUCCUGAAAACACACGACCUCAUGUUCGCCGACAGGGCCCACACGAAAACCACCAAGCGCCUCUGCUACAACCUCAAGGAUAUGUCGGUGGCCCCUUACGGCGAGUACUGGAGGAAUCUUAGGAGCAUCACCACCCUGAAGCUCUUGAGCGCCAAGAGGGUUCAGUUCUGUGACGUCAUCCGCCAGGAGGAAACGUUGCUUCUGAUGAAGAGGAUAAAGUCGUCGGGGUCGCGGCCUUUCGAUCUUAGCGAAUCUUUUAUGAAGCUGUCGAACGAUGUGAUCUGCAGAUCGGUGUUCGGGGAGAAGUGCAGUGAUGGGGAAGAGGGCAAGAAGUUUCUCAAGGUGCUGAGGAGAGUUCUGGAGCUGUUUGGGUGUAUGACUAUCGGGGAACAUAUUCCUUGGCUUUCGUGGGUUAGUUACGUUAACGGUUUCGAUCGUAUGCUCGAAAAGACUGCCGUCGAGAUCGAUGGUUUCUUGGAUGCUUUCUUGGAUGAGCACAUGGAUAAAUAUGAUCGUGAACAACGUGGUGCUAGUGGUGGCGGUGCUGAUGAUCGGAGCAUGGAGAGUUUUAUCGACAUUUUGGUUGACAUUUACAAGGAUAAUCAGACUGGUGGCGUCUCCAUUGAUAGAGAUGGUAUCAAAGCUCUUGUUCUGGAUUUAUUGGACGCGGGAUCCGACACAACAUCCGCGAAUAUAGAAUGGGCGAUGGCCGAACUCUUAAGGCACCCCGAGGUCUUGAAGAGGUUGCAAAACGAAGUGAGAGAAAUUGCGACGAGAGAGGACAACAUGAUCAUAACAGAAACCGACUUGAAGAAGAUGCAUUACUUGAAAGCGGUUGUGAAGGAAACCCUAAGACUCCAUCCACCAAUAGCGAUUGCGGGCCGGUCAGCAAGGGAGGAUGUUAAAGUCAUGGGGUACGAUAUUCCACGUGGGACGAUGGUCAUAACUAAUAAUUGGGCAAUCGGUAGGGAUCCCGAGUAUUGGGACGAACCGGACGAGUUUAGGCCAGAAAGAUUCUUGAAUUCUACGGUAGAUUAUUUUAAGGGAGUGGACUUUAAGUAUAUUCCGUUUGGGGCUGGGAGAAGGGGAUGCCCGGGGAUUACGUUUGCAAUGGCGGUGGUCGAACUUGUGCUGGCAAAUCUUAUGCAAAAAUUCGAGUGGGAACUUCCCGAUGGGGCGAAACCGGAGGAUUUGGACAUGACGGAACAACCUGGUACCGCCGUUCAUAGGAAAAAUCCCCUUUUAGUUGUUGCAACUCACUGUUAUUUCUAGAAAUGGAUAUUUCAUGAAUUAAUAAAAGUUUAUGUAUGAUUUAAUUUGGAUGUGUCUAUACAUCCAACUCUAGUUU